AUGGCUCCCAUUGGAAUCGCCUUGAUUGGCGGCGGCAUCUUUAUCAAGCAGGCACAUAUCCCUGCCGUGUUGGCCACGCCUUCUCUUGAGGUCAAGGCAGUCUACUCGCGAUCGCUCAAAUCGGCCAAGGAGUCGGCGGCACUGCUUCCCAACCAAGGCGACGGGGUCGAUCUGUACUCGGAUGAAGAGGGCGGCGGCUAUGCAGACGUGCUGAAGCGCGACGACGUGUCGGGCGUCAUCAUCGCCCUCCCGAUAGCCAACCAGCCAGAGUACAUCAAGGCGGCGCUGGACGCGGGCAAGCACGUGCUGGCGGAGAAGCCCGUCGCGCCCAACGUUGCCCAGGGCAGGGAGCUCAUCGAGUACUACCACUCGGUCAGGGCCCGGACCGGCGCGACGUGGUCAUGCGCCGAACAGAUGCGGUGCAUGCCAAACUAUAUCUUUGGAGCAGCGGAGGCGAGGAAGCUGGGCAAGGUCACUGGGUUUCGUGCUAUUGUAGAGUUUAUGACAAAGGAAGACAACGCAUACUACAAUACGGAAUGGCGCAAAAACCCAACACACGACUACGGCUUCAUCCUGGACGGCGGCGUGCACUGGGCGGCAUCACUACGAAUGCUCCUGGGUGACGACGUGGCCGAGACGGUCAGCGGGUUCAGCCACACGGCAUCCGCGUACCUGCCUUCCCCCGACACGCUGCAGGGCAUCGUGCGGACCAGGUCGGGAGCAUCGGGCGCCUUUCUCGUGUCUUGCGGAUCGACCCUCCCGGCCAAGUCCGAGUUCAGCGUGGCGUGCGAGAAUGGCAGCGUCACGGUCAGCAGGGAUACUAUUACUGUUUCCAACGUUGACGGCAGCGAGCCGCAGGUCACAAUCAAGAACUCGGCCGAGGGCGUCAAGUAUGAGGUCCAGGCCUGGGCGGCUGCGUUGGAGGCUGGGAAGCCCGAUCCGAGGCUGGCUCCCGAGGAAGGGCUGGCCGAUGCCGAGUUUCUGCUAGGUAUGCUCAAGAGCGCCGACGCGGGUGGCAUGCCGCAAAAGUUGAGUUUGCAGCAGGUUUAA